GAAACAUAACGAGAAAAACCCAAAUUUAGCAGCCAGUCCCCUUCCAUGGUUUGAGUAUCUUUGUCAAAAAAGUUUGCAAAUUCAUAUUUAAAUUUUCUCUAGGUAGAGGGAGAAAUUAAUUGGGGGGAGAGAGAGGAUUGCCCUUUCUUCCUUUCCCAUUUGUGUAAAACUAAUGUUUAGGGCAGAGGGAAAGAAAGCGAGAACAGGGAAGGAAGGGAGAAAACAAAUGAAGAAGUGAACACAACAGAGAAAAGGUUCAGAAAGGUUUGAACUUUUGCUUGCUGCUGCUGCUGUUGCCGAGAUUUUGGGAUCGACAUGGGGAACUGCUGCGCAAGCCCCGGUAGUAACAGUUCUCCCCAUGGAUCCCCUGGGAGAAAGAACAAACAAGAUAAAGCCAAGAACAAGAACAAAGGCAGCAACCCAUCGUUCGACACUGACUACGUCGUCAAUGGAUCUAACGAGAAGCUGCAGGUAUUGAAAGAGCCCACAGGGCGCGACAUCUCAGCUAACUACGAUCUGGGGCGGGAGCUUGGCCGAGGAGAGUUUGGGAUCACGUAUUUGGCUACUGAAACGAGCACUGAUAAUAAGUACGCCUGCAAAUCGAUCUCGAAGAAGAAGCUGAGAACUGCGAUUGAUAUUGAGGAUGUGAGGAGGGAGGUGGAGAUCAUGAAGCAUUUGCCACACCAUCCCAACAUCGUCUCGAUUAAGGACACGUACGAGGAUGAUAGUGAUGUUCACAUUGUAAUGGAGCUUUGCGAGGGAGGAGAGCUUUUCGAUAGGAUCGUUUCGAGGGGGCAUUACACUGAGAGGGCAGCAGCUGCUGUUAUGCGUACGAUUGUUGAAGUUGUUCAGAUGUGUCAUAAGCAUGGGGUGAUGCACCGUGAUCUCAAGCCUGAGAACUUCCUGUUUGAAAAUAAGAAGGAGACGUCUGCAUUAAAGGCGAUCGAUUUUGGGUUGUCCGUCUUCUUUAAACCUGGAGAGAGGUUUAAUGAGAUAGUGGGAAGUCCUUAUUAUAUGGCUCCUGAGGUCCUGAAACGGAAUUAUGGCCCAGAAGUUGAUGUGUGGAGUGCUGGAGUUAUCCUCUACAUUCUGCUUUGUGGAGUGCCACCCUUUUGGGCAGAAACGGAGCAGGGCGUAGCACAAGCAAUAAUACGAUCCGUCAUAGAUUUCAAGAGGGAUCCAUGGCCUAAAGUUUCAGAUAAUGCAAAGGAUCUAGUGAGGAAGAUGCUCAAUCCUGAUCCUAAACAGCGCCUCACAGCUCAGCAAGUGUUUGAUCACACUUGGCUACAGAAUGCUAAGAAGGCUCCGAAUGUCCCAUUGGGCGAGACUGUGAGAACAAGGCUCAAACAGUUUUCAAUGAUGAACAAACUCAAGAAGAGAGCUUUGAGGGUGAUAGCCGAGCACUUAUCAUCAGAGGAAGUGGCUGGCAUAAAGGAGGCAUUUGACAUGAUGGACACUACCAAAAAGGGCAGGAUUAACAUUGAUCAGCUUAGAGUUGGAUUGCAAAAGCUCGGCCAACAGAUUACCGAUCCAGAUCUUCAAAUCCUUAUGGAAGGUGCUGAUAUUGAUGGUGAUGGAACUCUCAACUAUGGAGAGUUUGUCGCGGUUACCAUUCACAUUAAAAAGAUGGGAAACGACGAGCAUCUGCACAAAGCCUUUGGAUUCUUUGAUCAAAAUAAGAGUGGUUACAUUGAGAUGGAGGAGUUGAGAGAAGCCUUGAAUGAUGACGUAGACACAUGUAGUGAGGACGUUCUAAUUGCCAUCAUGCAAGACGUUGACACCGACAAGGAUGGGCGAAUAAGCUAUGAGGAGUUUGCAACGAUGAUGAAAUCAGGCACAGACUGGAGAAAAGCAUCGAGGCAAUACUCGAGGGAAAGAUUCAACAACCUAAGCCUGAAAUUGAUGAGAGAUGGUUCAUUGCAGAUGGAAGAGAAGAGGCCAGUUUCUCAAGAUGGUGUCAUAGCUCAUGGAGUGGCAGUGGUGGAAUUGAAUGAUCAAGUGACUGGGGAAGAAGCUGCAACCAAGCCGAGGGAUGAGAAUGCACUGAUAAAGACGUACAAACUAAGAGGCCGCCGUAACAAUGUGAAGGAGAAGGAGAAGCCUGCAGGAGCAGCAGUGUCACCCAAGAACAAGCCAAAGAAGAACAAACUGAAUGAGGAAGAAGUUGCUGGUGGUGACAGAGAGAAGUUGCUGACUACUCCAACAUUGAAUUAUUAUCAGAAGAAGAACAAGAAGAGGGGUCUGGUGGAAAGGAAUGAUCAAGUUACCAGGGGAGCAGCUCCAGAGAAGAUGCUGAAAACUCCGCACCCGAAUCAGAAGAAAAAGAGGAGGGGAGCAGAUGCUGAGAUAGUAAGUUCAUAUCUGUCCUCAGCAAAGGGUAACUCGGCACCACCACCAUCAAGGUUUCGUCCUAGAAAACUGGUGCCUGUGUUUCGAAUGGUGGACUUGGAUGACAAGGAUGAUAAAAGGAUUGUGGGGAAAAGGGUGAAAGUGUAUUGGUCUGGAUCAAGGAGAUGGUUCACUGGAAAGAUUGAAAGCUUUCACAGAAGGAAGAAGCUGCAUCAUGUUGUGUACGAUGAUGGUGAUAAGGAAGAUCUUGACUUGAAGAAAGAGAAAUUCGAGCUGCAAAUUCUGCCCCAUGAGGAUUUCAAGAUCGUGCAACUCGAACCCAAGUCCAAAAAAAGAGUCAAAGAUUCAGCAGAAGAAGUGACCAGUGAAGGAGAUUUGGAUGAGUUAUCAGGUGACAGUGAUGGACAUGUUUCACAUGAAUCUGAAGGUGUGGUUUCUGAGAAUGUUGAUUGACAAUCCUUUCAAACCAAAGGGAGGCAGUCAGGCAAGCAAAUGAGAGCAAAAUGGAGAGAACAAAAGAACUAACAGUGGAGAUGAAAGGUAAUAGGCUAGUAGCUAAGCUAGGUAUAUGUCUAAUGUCUUGUGUAGAUAUAGCCCACAAAAGAACUGGUAGUAGUAGUCUAGUCACCAUUUUGGCCCUUUACCGGGUUGUAUGUGAAAGUUGAGGUCUUUCAUCUUUUGGUGGGAUUGGGGAACAUGACUUCAAACUUACAGUCCCAUUCUCAGGAAGUAAACUCC